GCCGCGCGCCUUUCCUGCCUUUCCUGCCUUUCCAUUUCUCACAUUCGAGACCUUUCUUACUCUGACAAGCACCUUUUCCACUUUGCAAUUACACAUACCAGACAGACUACGAGAAUGGCACCCUCGAUGGAGAGCACGACCGGAUUCAAGUUUGACAAUGUGAGGCGGAAUCAGCUUCUGGGCGACAAGGGCUACAAGGUUCCGACAGCAACAAAGACGGGAACAACCAUCGUCGGGCUUAUUUUCCGCGACGGCGUGAUCCUGGGUGCCGACACGCGCGCGACUGCUGGCCCUAUUGUUGCCGACAAGAACUGCGAAAAGAUCCACUACCUAGCGCCGAACAUGUACUGCUGUGGUGCAGGUACUGCGGCGGACACAGAGUUUACAACCAACAUGAUCAGUUCGCAGCUGGCGCUGCACUCGCUGAGCACUGGGCGUGAGGCGCGUGUGGUGACCGCAAUGACGAUGCUGAAGCAAUACCUGUUCAAGUACCAGGGCCACAUUGGCGCCGCGCUGGUGCUGGGCGGAUACGACGUGGGUGGCCCGCAUCUGUUUACGAUAUACCCGCACGGGUCUACCGAUAAGCUGCCGUAUGUGACGAUGGGCUCAGGAUCGCUGGCGGCGAUGUCAGUGUUUGAGUCGCGCUGGCGCCAGGGCAUGUCGCGCGAGGAGGGGAUUGAGCUGGUGAAGGAUGCCAUCGAGGCGGGUAUCUUCAAUGACAUGGGCUCUGGUUCGAACGUCGAUGUGUGCGUGAUCACCAAGGGCAAUACCGAGUACCUGCGCAACUAUGCCAGGCCCAACGAGCGCGUCGAGAAGGAGCAAUCCUACAAGUUCCCGGCCGGAACCACCGAGUUUAUUGUCCCGCGCCCGGCUGGUGUUGCUGCUGGCGAGGAGUCGACAGCAAUGGACACCUCUGCCUAAUUGUCUUUAACAUGUCUU